GGGCGGAGAACCCGCUGCUGUCUCGGCUGUGCUACCGGAGGCUCUGGGGAAGUCGGAAUAGGAGAGCACUCAUCUUGGGGUGGGCUUACUACUUAGAUGCUUUCAGCAGUUAUCCGCUCCGCACUUGGCUACCCAGCGUUUACCGUGGGCACGAUAACUGGUACACCAGAG